AUGUACAUGCCAAAUAAACCUGCAAAAUACGGGAUAAAAUUAAUGUGCCUAACCGAUUCCCGAACUCAUUAUUUACAUAAUGCAUAUAUUUAUGCUGGUCAAAACACUGAUGGAAUUACACUAGACCCGGUGGAAAGAAAGUUUCCAAAACCUACUCAGGCAGUUUUGAGAUUGUCGAAACUAAUAGAAGGGACAAAUCGAAAUAUCACAGCAGAUAAUUGGUUUAGUUCCAUUGAACUAGUCGAACAUUUAAAAAAAAGGGUGUUAACGUAUGUUGGCACUCUAAGGAAAAAUAAGAGAGAAAUACCACCAGAAUUUCUACCAAAAAAAAAAAGUAUCGUAGGUACAACGACAUACGGGUUUACUAAAGAUUUAACACUUAUGUCGCACGUGACUAAACCUAGUAAAGCAAUUAUAUUAAUAUCUUCUAUGCACCAUCUAAAAGAAUUUGAUGAAGAUGUACAAAAGCCAGAAAUUAUUUCAUAUUACAAUAGAACUAAGGGAGGUGUGGAUUCAUUAGAUGAAAAAUGUUCGGUGUACUGUACCGGUCGUCGUACUCGCCGAUGGCCAUUGGCAAUAUUUUAUCGUCUUUUAGAUAUCUCUAGUGUAAACUCAUUUGUCUUACACAAUUCAUUUAAAAAUAACCCUAUAUUAUCAAGAUCUGAUUUUAUGAAAAAACUUGCGUUUGAGCUAGUGAAGCCUGAAUUAGAACGAAGAUACGAAAAUAGUUGCAUUUUGCGAGACAUAAGAUUUAGUAUAGGAAGAGUUCUAGGAAUGAGAAAAAAUCUAAAAGACACGCCAUUAUAUGAAGGUAAAUUGAAAAAACAAAAAACUUGCCGCAUAUGUCCACCUAAACUAAAAAGGAAAACGACAUUCCAAUGCUACCUUUGUGGAGACCCCAUAUGUCUACAAUGCUGUAAAACAGUUUGUUCAAAAUGUAUGGGAUGCUAA